ACCUUCCAGUAUAGUCGCAGUCCUUCCUCUCCCCUCCUUUAUACACUCUCUUCCCCCCCUUCCUCCGCUCAUAACAAGAGAAAGGCUAUUACUGCUGCUGCUAUCCCGACCCAAUCCAAGACUAUUGUUCUCUUUAAGCCAUGAAUCCGGAUAAGUACACCCACAAGACCAACGAGACCAUCGUCGCCGCCCAUGAGCUCGCCAUCAACAACGGCCACGCCCAGAUCACCCCCCUUCACCUUGCCAUCGCCCUCAUCGGCGACGCCGGUGGCCUCUUCCGGCAGGCCAUCUCCAACGCAUCCGGCGGCGCCGGCGACUCCACCGUCGCCUCGGUAGAGAGCGUCCUCAACCGCGCCCUCAAGAAGAUCCCCUCCCAGCACCCGCCGCCGGACGAGGUCCCGGCUUCCACCUCGCUCAUCAAGGUCUUCCGCCGCGCCCAGUCCUCCCAGAAGAGCCACGGCGACACCCACCUCGCCGUCGACCAGCUCAUUCUCGGCCUCCUCGAGGACUCCCAGAUCUCCGACUGCCUCAAGGAGGCCGGCGUCAGCGCCGCCCGCGUACGCUCCGAGGUCGAAAAGAUUCGGGGGAAGGAGGGCAAGAAGGUGGAGAGCGCUUCUGGCGACACCAACUUUCAGGCGCUCAAGACCUACGGCCGGGAUUUGGUCGAACAGGCGGGGAAGCUCGACCCGGUGAUCGGCCGGGACGAGGAGAUCCGCCGCGUAAUCCGAAUUCUCUCGCGCCGGACCAAGAACAAUCCCGUCCUCAUCGGCGAGCCCGGCGUCGGCAAGACGGCUGUCGUGGAGGGCCUCGCCCAGAGGAUUGUGAGGGGUGACGUCCCGAGUAACCUACUAGAUGUUCGACUCGUGGCUCUUGACAUGGGCGCCCUCGUUGCGGGCGCGAAGUAUCGGGGUGAAUUCGAGGAGCGACUCAAGGCUGUGCUCAAGGAGGUCGAGGAGGCUGAAGGCAAGGUCAUCCUCUUCAUCGAUGAGAUCCACCUCGUGCUUGGCGCUGGACGCGGUGAGGGCUCCAUGGAUGCUGCGAAUCUAUUCAAACCGAUGCUUGCUAGAGGGCAGCUUCGGUGCAUUGGAGCGACGACGCUGGAGGAGUAUAGGAAGUACGUGGAGAAAGAUGCUGCCUUUGAACGAAGGUUCCAGCAAGUCUAUGUGGCUGAGCCCAGUGUGGCAGACACCAUCAGCAUACUUCGAGGGUUGAAGGAGAAGUACGAGGGGCACCAUGGUGUUCGGAUUCAGGACCGGGCUCUUGUGGUCGCCGCCCAGCUCUCAGCCCGAUAUAUUACUGGCCGACACCUGCCUGAUAAGGCCAUUGAUCUGGUUGAUGAGGCUUGUGCUAAUGUGAGGGUGCAGCUUGAUAGCCAGCCAGAGGAAAUUGAUAACUUGGAAAGGAAGAGAAUUCAAUUGGAGGUCGAAUUGCAUGCGCUCGAGAAGGAGAAGGAUAAAGCAAGCAAAGCCAGGCUGUUAGAGGUUAGGAAGGAACUGGAUGAUCUGAGGGAUAAGCUGCAACCACUGAUGAUGAAGUACAGGAAGGAGAAGGAAAGAGUUGAUGAGAUUCGAAGAUUGAAGCAUCGCCGUGAGGAGCUUCUCUUUACUCUGCAGGAGGCAGAGCGGAGAAUGGAUUUGGCCCGUGUUGCGGACCUACGUUAUGGAGCCUUGCAAGAGAUUGAUGCAGCUAUUGCAAGGCUUGAAGGGGAUACUGAUGAGAACUUGAUGUUAACUGAAACAGUUGGGCCUGAACAGAUUGCAGAGGUCGUGAGCCGAUGGACUGGCAUUCCAGUAACCAGGCUGGGCCAAAAUGAGAAGGAAAGGCUGAUUGGCCUCGGAGAGAGGUUACACAAGAGAGUUGUUGGCCAGGACCAGGCAGUUGAUGCGGUGGCGGAGGCUGUGUUGAGGUCAAGGGCUGGUCUUGGUCGGCCACAGCAACCUACAGGCUCCUUCCUCUUCUUAGGUCCCACCGGUGUUGGUAAAACAGAGCUUGCCAAAGCUCUUGCUGAGCAACUCUUUGAUGAUGAGAACCUCCUGAUCCGCAUUGAUAUGUCAGAGUACAUGGAGCAGCAUUCGGUUGCCCGACUCAUUGGUGCACCACCAGGAUAUGUUGGCCAUGAGGAGGGUGGACAGCUGACAGAGGCUGUGAGGAGGAGGCCAUACAGUGUCAUCUUGUUUGAUGAGGUGGAGAAAGCACAUGUUGCUGUGUUCAAUACCCUUCUUCAAGUCCUUGAUGAUGGUAGAUUAACUGAUGGCCAAGGACGGACAGUUGACUUCACCAAUACAGUAAUUAUCAUGACUUCAAAUCUUGGUGCAGAGCACCUCCUUGCAGGAAUGGUGGGCCAAUCUUCGAUGCAGAUUGCGCGAGAACGAGUCAUGCUGGAGGUGAGGAGAUAUUUCAGGCCAGAGCUGCUUAAUCGGUUAGAUGAGAUAGUGAUCUUUGACCCUCUAUCACACAAGCAACUUAGGAAGGUCGCCAGGCUUCAGAUGAAGGAUGUUGCUGUCCGUCUUGCAGAAAGGGGCAUUGCUCUAGCUGUAUCAGAUGCUGCUUUGGAUGUUGUCCUAGCUGAAUCAUAUGAUCCGGUAUUUGGUGCCAGACCGAUCAGGAGAUGGCUAGAGAAGAGAGUGGUGACUCAACUGUCCAAGAUGCUCAUACAAGAAGAGAUUGAUGAGAACUCCACUGUGUACAUUGAUGCAGCUGUGGGGAAGAAAGAGCUGACGUAUAGGGUGGAGAAAAAUGGAGGGCUUGUGAAUGCUGCUACGGGGCAGAAGUCUGACAUCCUGAUUGAGAUCCCUCAUGGGGUGGUCAGGAGUGAUGCAGCCCAGGCAGUGAAGAAGAUGAAAAUAAUGGCUGAUGAGGAGGAUGCCGACAUGGACGACGAGUAGGUGCGAGCUACGUAGAUGGGAAAGGUUUGGUUUUUAAAAACAGUCUUAAGAGACAGAUCUGAUUUUUUUUUUUAUUUUUUUUUGUUAUGCACCGUGACUCUUUUAGACUUCUUGAUCAAACUGUGGGAUAAACCUCUUAGCUUUGGGAUGGCAAGUCGAUGCAAGUAGAACGUUUUGUUCGCGUAUAGUUUGGAAAGAAAAUUUUCAGUACGCUUACCAAUGUGUCAUCUUGUUUGUUGACGUUGUCUGCUCGAGUGCCAUCUCAUCAUAGGGUUUAGAUUUUUAUUCUCUUGGGGAUAGUUUCUUUGGUUUUGUAAGCUUGUUCAUUUGCGAACUGUAUUGUGAAUAGGACAGAUGGCACAGGACACAGAUCUUCAGAGACAUUUGCUGAAGAAAGGUGAAUGGGUUCGACUGAGCGAUUUUGACUUGGAUCUUCAAGGAUUGUGCUAUGGCCCAGUCUAGUCUCGGGUUUGGCAAGAAAUUAACUUUGUGCAAACUGUAUAGCAGUCCUGAAUGGCAGCAGCGGGCCUGGAACUUCAGGGAUUGUGCCUUUGCCAAAUCUGAUCUCAGUUGUGGCAAGCACUGUACACACGGUCCAACAGCCAUGAACGACGGUAUUGCGAGGAGUGGAUUCAUGGUAUUGCGAGGAGCGGACGGUGAAGGAACGCAAGUGAUUAAUUUGAUGAGGAAAAAUUAUUCAGAAGUCCCUGUGCAAACAAUCUGGGGUAAUGCGUACAUGGCACUGAGGUGGCAGAAAGAGAAAAUUAUGCAGUUAGCCUGGAAAUGAUGUUUCAGACGUGAAAACAGAGGAACAGCGGGUUCGUUUAUGGUGGUUAGCAGUGGCAUGACCACUACAUAAAUAUGCUCAGCAUAGGCAUGGUGCCUAAGAUGGAUGAGUGACCAUAAAUACUGAGUGCCAGACGGAAAGCAAGAAUAACAAGCACAGGGUGAUGAAAUGAGUAUUUGUAGGUUCUGGCAGAAACAAGUCGUGACCCUCAGGUACACAUGCUUAAUCGUAGAGGCUGAAAUUAUGAGUUGGAGUGAUAUCUCUGUUGGAAAUUUGGUUUCAUAAAGCUAAUGUCAGUUAACGUCCUUGGCAGCUGUCAGAGGGUGUAAAAUGGUGCAAAAGCUGAUAUAGCAUUAAAGCUCAAAAAUAUGAAACUUUAAAUUAAAAAAAGGGCCAUCCCAGUCACGGACCAUGUAAUUUGAGGUUUUAAGUGGGGCGGAUUUGGUAUUCUUUGCACAAAGCGCUCCCUUAUGCUUGAA